AUAAGGGACUGGUUGAGUUGACAAGGCAGAGGAAGGAACAUGGAGCAUAUCAGGAAGGUCCUACUGUUGGCCAGUGUGGCCACUCUCAUUCCCACACAGGCUUUACCUCUGUCGGGCCUGAGCUAUCAGAAGGCCCUUUCCACAGCCAUUCAUUUCUACAACAAGGUGCACAACGAAGAGAAUGCCUUCCGGCUUUUCCAAACCUACACUCCUUCACCUGAUCAGGGCCCCCAAGAGGAAACUCUGAAUCGUCUGAGCUUUACCUUGAAGGAAACUGUGUGCCCCGUGACUGAGGAGCUUCUGGUGGACCAGUGCGACUUCAAAGAUGAUGGGCUGGUGAAAGAAUGUCAAGGCUCGGUAUCCAAUGAGGAGAACAUUGCUGCCAUCAUCCUCACCUGUGACCCAGAGGCCCUAGGGUCCUCUCGCUCCAGAAGAGCCCCAAUUCCCAGACGAAAGAAAGGUUCAAAGAAAAACAACCACAAAACUGGGGGAUACUCUCUGAUUGCCCUCGGAUCUACCAAUAUACAUAAGGCCCCAUAUAUGGAGUCUCUCUAGGCCCCAGCCAGUGUAACCAGAGCUUGCUUUCUUCCUUGCAUUUUACUCUUUUUCAAUUUCCAUUCCCCUAAUCUCACAGACACACACGCACACACUCUCUCACACAACUACAUAAUCUAUAGGUGUGUGUGUUUUUCUCUGUAUGUGGUACAUAUAUACAAUACAUGGGGGACAUCUAUAAUUUUUAUGGGGUACACACAUAUAUGACAUAUGUGUGUAUGUAUAUGUAUGUAUGUGUAUAUGUAUACAUGUAGCCUGGUCUUCAAGACCAGAGCUUUUGCAGAAGACUUUCUUCCUUGAUAAGACAAACCGUGAGUAUUUCUCUUUCCUGCUUCAAGUCGGGGGAGGGAAGAGGACACACAUUUCCAGACACACUUUUUCAGAAAGACUCAUGGAGAGAGACAGAGAUAGACUUGGGAAGGCAGACAUGCAGGAGAAAUCUGGUUCCUCAAACCCAGAUUUCCAGUUUGCCUUCCUAGAGUCUUUGGGGAAUUGGCCCUUAGAUGAGAUCACAAUGUCUCUUUCUUGGUUGACCUGAAAUGUCUCAUCCUCAGUGGAAGAGCUUGUUGAUCUUGGAUAUUUUCUGAUGUAUUCUAACUUGUGUAACUUGUCUAAUUUCUAUUUGCUUUAAGCUUGGAUAAAUGGAUUUACUCAUUCCAA